UUGCAAUGUUGUCCAACAUAACUAAUUAUAUUUCCAAGUAAAAAGAGAUGGUAAUAUGGGUGUUAUACGCUAAAACACUCGAGUCCGAGAAAUCAGAUUCAGCUAUGAAGGACGACUACGAGACUGAGCUAAAGAAACAAGCUGCUGCAGAUGUACUGUCUCAAUAUUCAAGGUUUGUCAUGGCGUGCAUUGGGAAUCAAGUCCGGCCUUGUGACUUAAGGAUGCACUUGAUGAAGGAAAUUUCAAGCUUGCCAACAACUUUGAAGAGGGAGUCCCGUGUGGCAUCUUCUCCUGACAUAAUGGGAGAAUCUUCGAGCUCUGGUACUUCCAAGCUUGAUAAAACUGAUAGCUUUCGAGGUAUAUAGACUGGAAAACAGUAUACUCGCCUUUGUUUUCAUCGAAUCCCCAAUCUGGUUAUGCCCAACUCCCCCCAUCCUCGAUUUCUUGCAAUACAUAUAUACUUUCAGUGUAUAUUAGGCUCGUCUAUUGGUAAUAAUGGGUAUCUACCCACCUCUUUUCUGUUUGUAAACUUUUUAUGAAAUAUAUAGACCAUCGUAAAUAUCCCUUUGAAGGAUUUUUUAUCUUCAAAGUUCUCCUUUUGGAAUUGUGCA